AUUGUCUGGUUCUUUUUUCUCUUCCUUCCCCCAGCCCCAAAUCUAGAGAGAGAAACAAAUGGCGCAUCACUGUGGCUUAAACCCUCCCAAAACCCUCAACACUAACUUCUCAUCAAUCAACAAAUUCUUCGCUCCAAUCUCAUCAUCUUCAUCUCUCAAAACCACAAAAAUAACAUCUUUCAAGAAAUUCCCCACAAUCUCUGUGUCAGCAAUGUCGAGCCAACAACAACAGCAUCAUCAUCAACAACACCAACUCUCACUCGAAGCUUUAACCAGCAGUAACCGCAGAGACGAAGUCCUCGACGCUAUCGGAAGCUCACUGUCUAACUGUCUCUCUGAAACAAAUCUUCAUCUCACGGUCCCUGGUCUCAAAUCUAAAACCAGAGGCAAGGUCAGAGAUAUAUAUGAUGGUGGGGAUUAUCUUGUUUUGGUUACAACAGAUCGGCAGAGCGCAUUUGAUAGGAUUCUUGCUUCAAUUCCAUUUAAAGGGCAGGUUCUCAAUGAGACAAGUUCGUGGUGGUUCAAUAAAACUCGGCAUAUUACACCAAAUGCGGUAGUAUCAACCCCGGAUAAGAAUGUUACAAUUGCAAAGAAAUGUUCGGUCUUUCCUGUUGAAUUUGUUGUCAGAGGUUAUGUGACUGGAAGUACUGAUACAUCACUAUGGACUGUCUACAAUAAAGGCAUCCGAAGUUACUGUGGCAACGUCCUCCCUGAUGGCUUGGUGAAAAACCAAAAGUUACCUGCAAAUAUUAUCACGCCAACAACUAAAGCUGCGGAUCAUGAUGUUCCUGUCACUCCAGAAGAGAUAGUUAAACACGGGUUGAUGACUCAGGCUGAUUACAACGAAGCAAGUACAAAAGCAUUAAGCUUAUUCGAGUAUGGGCAGCGUGUGGCUUUGGAGCAUGGCUUGAUAUUAGUGGACACAAAGUAUGAAUUUGGAAAAGGAAGUGAUGGUACAGUGCUCUUGCUUGAUGAGGUGCAUACACCUGACUCGAGCAGAUAUUGGAUUGGCCGUUCUUAUGAGGAAUGCUUUCAGAAUGGUCUUGAACCUGAAAAUGUUGAUAAGGAAUUUUUGAGGUUGUGGUUCAAAGAUCAUUGCAAUCCUUAUGAAGAUGAGGUCCUCCCUGAUGCUCCUGAAGAACUUGUUUCUGAACUGGCUUGGCGAUACAUUUUCUUGUUUGAGACGAUUACAAAAUCAAAAUUUGAGAUACCAAUGUCGAAGGAGCCAAUACAUGAUCGAAUAUCUCGAAACGUUUCACUGGCGUUGUCAUCUCUACAGUAGUUCCAUCGAAGUCAACUUAUAUUUUUGGUGUUCUAUGGUGAAACUAGUGUGAGAAGUAGAUACAAAAUUUUACUGGCACUGCUAUCUGAAUUGCAUUUUUGCUCGUGGGACAACUCUCAAUGAUGGAGUGGGUUUAACCAGGCCGGAUUAUUCUUAAACUAGCAUACCUUUUGUACAUUAAGUUGCACCACGAGUGACUGUGUCUUUCAUGUUUAUUAGCAGAUGAUGGUCUAAUUGCUGCGCGUGUAACCAAUAAAUAGUGUCGGUAGAUUUAAAUUAUCAAUUUCUCAUCUGUUGUUUGCAGUUAAUCAUGAGCGCUACAAUUCUUGUUAAAUUUUGCCUCCCAAAUGUAGUGGUGAGAUCCUUCCUUCCUUUGUUU